AUGACGGGGUUGUGGGAGAACUGGGGCUGCGCUGAGGUGUUGUCUAAGCCAGGCCAGCCCGAGGAUGCUGGUAGGCAGCUCAAGAAGAAGAGGAAGAAGCUCAGGAAGCAAGCCAGCAAGACAAAGGCUCCUUCAGUCAAACAGGCGGUCUCUGGCACCAACAAACCUACUCCAGGACAGAAAGCAGCCCCUCAGGCCAGCAAAUCAUCUCCUCAGGGUGUGACCCAGAGCAGAAAUGAGAGUUUGGUUACAGGGAGCAAAAGUGACCUGGGCUCGCUUUCUUUUUCCGCGAUGAAUCUCUUGCGUCAAAGACUACAUGAGAAGAUUAAAAAAGCUUCUGGACAAGAUGAUGCCAAAGAAUUAUCCCCUGCAGUCCUGGAGAAGAGGCAGCGAAGGAAGUACGAGAGAGAGAGAAAGAAGCGACGAAGAAAAGAGUUGAAGAUGAAGGCAAAAAUGGAGAAGAAAGAAACUGAGGAGGUACCGGUAGAGCCAGAAAGCAAAAAGGAGGAGAGCACAGCUGGGAUUGUCUUUAACAGAGUCCAGGUCCACGAAGAGAAUGAGUUGAACAAGAUCCAGAAGAAGAAAGAGAAGAGGAAAGCAGUGAAAGGCAAUAUCACUCCUCUGACGGGCAAAAACUACAAGCAGCUGCUGGGCAGGCUGGAGACCAGGAAGAACAAGCUGGAGGAACUCAAAGAUAAGGACCAGGAGAAAGCUCAGGAACUAGAGAAGAAGAUGAAAUGGACAAAUGCUCUCUACAAGGCGGAAGGCGUGAAGAUUCGCGACAACGAGGAGCGGCUGAAAGAAGCUCUGAAGCGUAAGGAGAAGCGUAAAGCGCAGCGCCAACGGCAGUGGGAGAAGCGGACAGAAAAGGUGGUGGAAAAGAUGCAACAGCGGCAGGAGAAGCGUCGCAAGAACAUUCAGAAGAAGAAGAAGGAGAAGAUAGAGAAGAAGAAAGCCAGGGCCCGGAAGAAGGGCCGUGUUCUGCCAGAGGACUUGAAAAAGGCCGGGCUGAAGUGAGAGCGCGGCGGCUG